CUGGCCUGUUGUAGUAAGUACUUAUUUAAGCAACAAAAAAAAUAUGGGGGGAUCAAUUUCCACCCAAACUGACAAAUUAACAGUUUACUCAUUAAACAAGACUUUUGGUUUUAUACAUAGUAAAGUACUGGACAAGAUAACAUUUUCUCCUGCUUUUCUGUUUCAGAAUUGGCUUUUUAACUUAAAUAGCACAAAUCAUGCUACAAGAGCCUUACAAAAAAUCCCACCAAAACAAAUACCUCAAACCCCCAAAAAUGAGAAUGUAGUGCUCUGUCGGUCUUAACAUAAAAUGUUUAGACUAUUGUGUCUUCAACCAAAUGUUUUCUGGCUGUAUCCAUCACCAGUUCUGAUAGAUUCUUCUCUUUUCAUUAUGUACCUUCCCAAUUGUACAAGUCUGAAAAUAUUUUUCACAGAGAUUUUCUAAAACAUUAAAACAAGGGCAGAUUUUAUUCCAGCUUAAGGCAUGAAAAGGAGACAUUGCUCAAAUCCAGAAGCCUACUUUUGAUUAAAUGAAAAAGCAUUUUUGGUGGAAGGAGUCCCACUGUGACGUGGAAUGUGAACAUGGAUGCACUCACUCAUGCCAGGGAAUGCAAUGACUGCACCAUUAACUUGUCUCCUACCUACCAUCGUCAUACUUCAAAUCACACACAAUGGGGGAAAGCCAGAUCUUGUUACUAGACAGAUGGAGGCCCUCUGAAGGAAAAGAAAAAAAAAGAAAAAAAAAAAAAAAAAAAGGUGCAGAAAUUGAUUUAAAGCACUCCUUUCUGUACCAGUCCAAAAUCACUGCCACGACGGAGCAAAUGCAGUGUCAGAGUAAUUAGAACAGAAAUCCUGUCCUUGUGAAUAGAAAGAAUAGCAAUAAGGAAUAUAUCAAGUAUCAGUAGAAUUGCAAUGGUGUCAAUAUCAUGUGCAAAUUAAAUCACUCACAUAAGUCAGCAGUCACACUGCUCCUUAAAAAACUACCUGCAGGCAUAGCUAAACAUCUUGGCCACUGGCAAAGAUUUACCCCUUCCAGUCAGGAUAUCUGAAACAGCCUCCUGCAGAAUGAUGCAACCCAGAUGAUACAACACUUUGUCUGCAGUACCUGCGGCUGGAGAGAGCAAAUAUACAGUCUCAAAAAUGAGCAGAAUGGAUAAAUGUUUUUAUCAUGGAUAAAAACACAGCUCACCCCAGCCAUCAUGCUAUGUGGGAAAGGUGAACUUGUACAGCCUCUGGCCAGACUGUUUUGCCAUGAUCUCUGCACAGCAGCCACCAUUCCCCAACAAAAUUCAAAGAACAAUGGACUGCCAAUCCAAGGAAGAAACCUCUGAAGAGCAGUAUGACUCUGAAAACUGCACUUGCAGCUCUGAGCAUGUGGAAUCUGAUGCAGGCUCACCGGUAACUCUUCAAAUACUGCAGAACUGGGUUCCUAGAGUUUCACACUACUUUGAUAAGGAGCACUAUACAUACGUUGGCCAUCAGAUUGUCAUUCAGGAGUCCAUAGAACACUUUGGAGCUGUGGUAUGGCCAGGGGCACUGGCUUUAUCUCAAUAUCUGGAAUCAAAUCAAGAACAAUUCAACCUCAAAGACAAAAAAGUUUUGGAAAUUGGUGCUGGAACAGGCUUGCUUUCCAUUGUGGCCUGUAUCUUAGGAGCUCAUGUUACAGCUACAGAUUUGCCUGAAGUUCUUGAAAAUCUUUCAUAUAAUAUUUCAAGAAAUACACAGAACCUGAAUAUGCACAAACCUGAAGUGAGAAAACUGAUAUGGGGAGAAGACCUCAAUGAAAAUUUUCCUGUAUCAACUUACCAUUAUGAUUUCAUACUGGCAACUGAUGUUGUGUACCAUCAUGGAGCUCUGGACCCCCUGCUAGCAACAAUGGUGUACUUUUGUAAGCCAGGAACAGUAUUACUAUGGGCAAAUAAAUUCAGAUUCAGUACAGACUAUGAGUUUUUAGAAAAAGUUUGCAAUAUAUUUAAUACAACCAUUCUAGCAGAAUUUCCAGAAUCAAAUGUCAAGCUGCUUAAAGCCACAAUUAGAAAGAAUUAAAGUGAAAACUACUCCUGAUCUUGAUUGAGUGGCAGCACCUCACAGAUUGGAAUGCUUUCCAAGAUUAUGUUGCACCUUCCGUGGAUUUAUGGUUGUAAAGAUGCAGUUUUAUCUAAGUGUUGCAUUGCAAGUACAAAAAAAAAUACAGCAAGGCAAAAGAUACAGCAGUUUGUCUCUGGCUGAUAUAUAUGACCUGUUCAAACUGACCAACUUCCCUCCACUGAAGGAACAAUGUUAGUAAGAAGGCUUUAACAAAAAGCAUUGAUCUUCUGGGCUGCACUGACCCUCUGCUGUUUGUAAGCUGCUUUCUUUCAGCAAGUUUUAUUUAGGUACUCAUCCAGAAACCAGUACAAUUUUUAGCUUCAGUAUUUUUAUUCAUUAUAAAAAUCUUUUAAAGUAUCAGAGUGAA